AAUGCUUUACCAGCGCCAUUACCAGAUGGGACUCGGAGCAGAUUCAACAGCUUCCCGAGUGCAUGAAGGUGUGUUUCCGAGCGCUUAACGAUGUUAUUCACGAGAUCGCUUAUGAUAUUGGCAAAGAUGAAGAAUGGCAUCUAGUGCUACCACAUCUCGCGAAAGCCUGGGCAGACUUUUGCAAAGCCUUACUUACUGAAGCAAUGUGGGACAAUAUGGGCUACACACCAUCGCUGGAAGAGUACUUGAGCAAUGCGUGGACAUCAUCUUCAGGACCAUUGAUCAUGUCUCACGCUAGUUUCUUCGUGGGACAUAUGAAUUUGGAGGAUGUAGCAGAUUUACUGGAGAGAAACAAGGAUCUGAUUUACAAUGUGUCCAUGAUAAUUCGCCUCUGCAAUGACCUUGGAACGUCAACAGUAAUUAUCAAACUUCUGCGCCGAAGUUAUAAACCAACUGAAUUUGAGAUGAUAUUAAGAAUUCUUAGCCUGCGAAAAAAAAACACGGCAUAUGGUGCCGAAAGAGACAGAGGAGAUGCUCCAUCGUCAGUGGUGUGUUACAUGCGAGAAGCGAAUGUUCCGGAAGACGUCGCUAGGAAGCACAUCAAGGAACUGAUAAACCAGGCAUGGAAGAGCAUCAAUGCUCAUUGCUUUGGCAAUGUCGAGACGCCCUUUGUCCGAACCUUCAUUGAUGUCACCGCGAACGCGUCUCGUGUUGCACAUAUGCUUUACCAGUUCGGAGAUGGGUUUGGCGUCCAGGAUGGUGAUAUUAGGCGGCAAAUCUUAUCUGCAGUGAUUCACCCUGUCGCUCUUAACUGA